CUGUUUGUGUUACCUUGUUUCAGUCUGCAUCCGGUUUGUGUGCUAAAUGAAAAUACAUUAACUACACUGAGGCUGGAAACCUUUUGUUUAAUCGUUAUUUGGGCCAGAAUGACUGUGGCCAUGAGCUUAACGUGUCCAGGCCUGUACUGUGGCAGGAUGAUGGUCAAUGGAUCAGUGGAGGGAGACUGUGGUGUGUGUCCUCGUGGAGAACGGGCCAACGUCCAGAAGGUGUGUGAACGCUGCACAGAGUCCCCUGAGCUCUACGACUGGCUCUAUCUGGGCUUCAUGGCCAUGUUACCACUAGUGCUGCACUGGUUCUUCAUCGAGUGGUACUCUGGAAAGAAGAGCUCCAGCGCUCUGCUGCAGCACAUCACAGCCAUGCUGGAGUGCAGCGUGUCAGCUGUGGUCACCCUGCUGGUCACAGAGCCAGUAUGGAUGUUCAGUAUCCGCUCCUGCCGGGUCCAGAUGCUGUCAGACUGGUACACCAUGCUGUAUAACCCCAGUCCAGACUACAUCAACACAUUACACUGCACCCAGGAAGCCGUGUACCCGCUCUACACCAUCGUGUUAAUCUACUACGCCUUCUGCUUGGUGCUGAUGAUGCUGCUGCGUCCUCUGUUGGUGAAGAAGAUUGCGUGCGGUCUGGGCAAAUCUGAUCGCUUCAAGAGCAUCUAUGCCGCUCUGUACUUCUUCCCCAUCCUCACUGUGCUGCAGGCUGUGGGAGGAGGACUGCUCUACUACGCGUUUCCCUACAUCAUACUGGUCCUGUCUCUGGUCACGCUGGCUGUUUACAUGUCUGCCUCUGAGAUACAGUCUUUUAAGAACCUGGUUGCUAAGAAGAAACGUCUGGUCGUGCUGUUCAGCCACUGGCUGCUCCAUGCGUACGGUAUCAUCUCUAUCUCUCGACUGGACAAGUUGGAGCAGGACCUGCCGCUGUUGGCCCUCGUGCCAGGUCCCGCCCUCUUCUACAUCGCCACCGCCAAGUUCACCGAGCCCAGCCGCAUCCUGUCUGAGGGCGGCAACGGACACUGAGAGAUGAAUUUUCACUCAUUGCUGCUCUAAAAUCUUUCAGCUUCUGAUUCUGAGCCAUCAGUAGAGACAGAGCAGGUUUGAAUUAGAGUUAAUGUGAUCAAACUUGCUCAAACUGUUAAUGUCCAUGUAGUGAUGACAUCACAAGGUUUUCAGCAUGGCUGCACAUUUAAUGUUGGGGAAACAACUUCAUGAUCUCCUGCUCUAGGCUUUUAAUCAUUAGUGUGUUUCCAUUCAUGACUUGUAAACAGGCCACAAGGUCACUGAUUGGCUUGUCAGAUGAAGGCAUGUUAAGUGUCGUCUUCUUUAAACAGAAAUCUUCCACCGGAUUAUUAUUCAUGAAAACUAGUUCCUCACUCUUUUUGCAUGAUCCAAGUGGAGAGCUUGAGUACCCACAUAACUAUUUACAAUAUUUCAUGUUAGCAUGGCUGCAAUUAAAGAUUAUGUUUAUUCAAAGUAGAUUAUCAAUUAUUUUUCAAUUAUCAUUUAGUCUUUGAAAAUAAUGACAAAUGCCAAUCACAGAUUUCUAAGCAGAGCUUUAAAUGAUGUAUUUGAUCUGUCCAACAGUCCAAACACCUGAAGUGAUAAUGAAGCCAAACAGAGAAUAGCUGCAAAAGCUCAGAGUGGAGAGGCUGGAACCAGAGUUUGGUAUUUUUACUGUAUUUUCUAUGAGCCAAACAGCUUAUUGAUUAUUGAUACGUUUCCGGCUCUACAUCUUAUCUCAUUCAAAUCCUGUUUUUUGAGGAGUCCCAUCUUUCCUGCCUAUCUUAUAUUUAUUUAACAUCCACCAUCAAAGGGGGUUGACAUAUUUCUUUUUUUUUAUAUAUAUAUUUUUGUGCACCUUGUACAUUUUCUUGUGAGAAAAUGAAAUGAAAAGUUAAGAGUGUCCUGAUUGCUCAGAGCACCUCAGGCUGAGGUAAAGAGACUCACUCAGCUUCAUGUAUAUAAUUAAGUGUCAUACAUCCAGGUAGGUGAUUGUAAAAAUGUAAAUAACGUGUGUGCUUGUAUAUUCUACUGCAUUGUAUCGCCUUAAAGAUAAACACUGACACUGUCGAUAGAGCAGCAGCUGUCUGUGGUGUGUUAUGUUGUUUCAGCCUGUCUGAUCAACCAUCACUUGUUUUUUUCCCGUUCCUGCCCUGAAGCGAAGUGUGAUGUUUGUACAGCUUACAUGGGUUAGUGGAAGGUGUGUGUACAUUCAUGUAAAUCUAUAUAUGUUUGUAAAUAGUGUGUGUUCAGUAUUGUUGGCUCUACAGUGAGUGUAAAAUUCAGUCAACCUACCUGUACAGUUUAAAGUCGACUUGUUCUCCGUAUCUGCUCACUGGACCCUGUCAGUGUGAGCUCACACCUCAAGUAUUUAUGAGUCUCAUAAACGUAUAUCUGCCUGACAUUUGACUACCUCAGGUUAAUGUAAGACAGCUCCAUCCACAGUACAUGCAGAGCAGACAUCACUGCACCAGUGUUCUGUUCUCACAAGCGAUUAGAAGUACUGGAGUCGAGCACAAGUUAACCACAUAACUGCAGGAACUGUUUGGAACACUGGGUGUUUUUUUUUUGACAACACAAAGGUGCUCAGAAAAAUCAAGAAAUGGAAACAUCUAUAAUUCCAUGACAACUGUUCAAACUCUGUCUGCUGAGGAACAUAGUGUGAUGUGAUCAAAAGCUCAGACAUGGCUAUUAAUGGACCAUGUGGUGAGACAAGAAUGCACUUUCACUCAAUCAAAUGUUUUUUGUUGUGUGUGUUAAUGAUAAUGUAGGUUUUCUGCACUUUUCUUUCCUUUUGAUGUGCCUUUCUACCCGCCAUCCCUUCCUUUUCCUCUCUUUUCUUUGUGCUUUCCAAACCUGCCAGGGGUAGGGUGACGAAUUUUACACUCAGAUUUUUGGCAUCAAAGACUAAUAUUUAAAAGCCCUACAGACCACCUUCAAACAAAUGUUGUAGUGACUUGUUUUUUUGUAUUUAAUGUUAAUGUUUCAUGAGGCUUCUCCACAAAUAAAUGCAAACACAAAGAGGA